UCUGUAAAUAAUUUACAAAAGAUUUUGAAAAAUAUCUAAAAUAUGAAAACCAUUGAAAAUAAAAGGAGGUAGUGGAGAUGAGGAAUUAAACCUCACUCCUUCACCUGUGUCCUGACUCCUGCGAAGUCGAAGAAGACGAUAAGGAAAGGUCAUGAUUUAUUAUUUUUUAAGAUGGAAUUGCCUUAUCUUCCUCCUCCUGUCCACGACGACCUCUCCCCACUUCAUGUCCAGAGGAUUGUCUUCCCCUUCUACUUGUUCAAAUUUUUCAAAGCCACAGCAGAAGCAGCAGCUGAAAGGCAAGGACGACGAGAUCGCGGCCUUGAUAUCCUUCCAGAACUUUUCUGUCCAAGCUGAUCCUAAUGGAUUCUUGACGGAUUGGACACCUAAUUCUCCCAAUCCUUGUUCAUGGAAGGGUGUCAGCUGCUCUCCCGACGGACACGUUUCCGCAAUCGAUCUCACCAAUGCUGGACUCACCGGACACCUUCGUCUCGACUCUCUCAUGCGUUUGCAGCAUCUCCAACAUCUCAUCUUACGCGGGAAUCUCUUCUCCGGUGAUCUAUCCCCAGAUGCCGGAGCUGCUUCGGUGCGCUGCAACUUGGAGACCCUUGACUUGUCCUCCAACAACUUCUCGGACCCCAUCUCUGAAGAAUUCCUGUUGUCCUGGAACAAUCUCAGUUCUCUCAAUCUCUCCCGCAAUUCCAUUCCUGGAGCGGCUUUCACCUUUGGCGCUUCUCUCCGAGAGCUCGACAUCUCCCGCAAUCGAAUUUCUGAUCGCCGGCUCUUGAACUACUCGCUCCUAAAUUGUGGGGCUUUGAGUUUCCUUAACUUCUCAGACAACAAGCUCCCUGGGGAUUUGGGUGUUGGCAUCUCAUCUUGCAAUAAUCUCUCCACCCUCGACCUCUCAUACAAUCUUCUAUCCGGCAACAUUCCGGCGGCUUUUUUUGCUCAAUCGCCACCGUCUCUGAAGCACCUGGACCUCUCCCACAACAACUUAUCUGGCGAAUUCUCCGUACUCGAGUUCGGCAGCUGUGGCAACCUCACUUUGCUCGAUUUCUCCCACAACGUCCUUUCCGGCAAUGGGCUUCCCGCCGGCUUGCGCAACUGCCAGCUGCUUCAGAAACUUGACCUCUCCCAUAACCUACUUCAGGACGGGAUUCCCUCGGCCCUGGGCAGCUUCAGGAAUUUGCAGUAUCUAUCGCUGGCCCAAAAUUACUUCUCAGGUGAGAUCCCGCCAGAACUCGGUCGGACCUGUGGGACUCUCCUAGAGCUCGAUCUCUCUGGGAACAGACUUUCUGGGGGUUUCCCUCCGACGUUUGUAUCGUGCUCUUCGCUACAGAUCCUCAACCUCAGCAACAACGAGCUUUCGGGUGAUUUCGUCAAUAUCGUCGUCAGUACUCUGCCAUCUCUGAAGCACCUUUUGCUUCCUUUCAAUAACUUAACCGGUCCCUUACCUUUGUCUAUAAAGAACUGUUCUCAGCUUGAAUUGCUCGAUCUUAGUUCCAACGGCUUUACUGGUGGCAUCUCAUUCCCAUCUGGGUUCUGUCCCUCUCUUUCUUCUCUACAUACAAUCCUCCUACCCGGAAAUUUUCUGUCGGGAACGGUCCCUCCUGAGCUUGGGAACUGCAAGCAACUGAGUACGAUCGAUUUCAGCUUCAACAACCUUAGUGGUUCGAUACCCUCAGAAGUUUGGGAGCUACCCAAUCUUUCAGACUUGGUCAUGUGGGCAAACUCACUCAGCGGGGAAAUCCCAGAGGGCAUCUGUGUGAAUGGUGGAAACUUAAAGACACUGAUUCUCAACAACAAUCUCAUCACAGGGACCAUCCCUCUGUCGCUGGCUAAGUGUACUAAUCUCAUCUGGGUUUCUCUCUCUAGCAACCUCCUCACUGGGAGGAUACCUACUGGGGUAGGGAACCUCAUGAAGCUUGCUAUUCUCCAACUGGGGAACAAUUCGCUCACAGGAGAGGUCCCGAGGGAGCUUGGUAACUGCCAGAGCCUCAUAUGGCUGGAUUUGAACAGAAAUAGCCUAACUGGGUCCAUACCACCGGAACUUACCAACCAAGCUAGGCUGAUUAUGCCUGGCCUCAUUUCUGGAAAGCAGUUCGUAUUCAUCAGGAAUGAGGGAGGUACAGCCUGCAGAGGUACCGGAGGACUAGUUGAAUUUCAAGGGAUCCGUACAGAGAGGCUGGCGAAUUUUCUAAUGAUUCAUUCUUGCCCAUCCACUAGAAUCUACACUGGUUUGACGUUCGACUCAUUUGCAGGAAAUGGAAGCAUGAUCUACAUGGAUCUGUCAUACAAUUCCUUGUCUGGAACAAUCCCAGAUGACCUGGGUUUCAUGUAUUAUCUCCAGGUCCUAAAUUUGGGACACAACAGACUUACAGGAACCAUCCCUGAUAGCUUGGGAGGCCUUACAGAUGUUGGAGUUCUUGAUCUAUCUCAUAAUGAUCUUCAAGGUCAUCUACCAGGUUCCUUAAGUAGGCUUUCGUUCCUCAGUGAUCUCGAUGUUUCAAACAACCACCUCACAGGAUUAAUUCCUUCGUCUGGCCAGCUUACCACAUUCCCAGCAUCCACAUAUGAAAAUAAUUCCGGCCUAUGUGGGUUCCCCUUGCCCCCUUGUGGGUUUGGUACCACUACUACUACUCCUACAGCCCCUCCGCAAGGUAAGAAACACUCCAUGCCCGCAGGAGUGAUCCAAGGAGCAAUCGCAGGAGUCAUCAUUGGAUUCAUACUUUCCCUAUUCUGCUACCUUGCAUGGCCCGGCUCUAGUCGAAAACCACUGUCAAGGUGCAUCUAGGUUUCCACAUGAUUGUAUUGUAGAUUUUUCUAGGGUUGGCUUAACUGGUUCUUACCAGUCAUGUAUUCAUAAACAAAACAAUGGAAAAAAAAUAUUAAAUGGAUUCA